GGAAGUUGGUGUUUGGGUGAUUUGACGGCAAGAGGCGCUGAUGGUGUUCCUGUUCGGUCAUUUUGGAACAAAUUUUCUAUGCGAGACCUCGCGAUGAAAUAAAAUGAUUUAAUGGAAAUUGCGUAAAGGAAAAUAAAUCUAAAUCAAUGUCCGAGUACCCAUUGAAAGGAUAUUUGGAUGGAAAUCGUGCUGAAUGAUUAAGAAGACGGAGAAAUAGUUGAGAAAUUGCGGAUCAAAGUAAUAUAUUGUAAAACAAGUUUUCUCAUUCAAGUAUAAAAUGUUUGAUUAAAGUUUUUUCUGUGAACAAUGUGAGUUAUUUGGUUAAUUAUUAAGGAAUAUCAGUGUGGAUGUGCUCCAGAAAAUGGCCUGUUUCCGUGUUCCGGGAAUGUGUUAGUGAGCCUCCACACAACUCAAGUUCCCUCUCUGCAUUCAUUCCCCAUCCCUCAGCUUAGGCCCCUUGUGAGGUAUCAUGGAUCGUGAUCGUAGCAUGAGGCACCAGCGUAAGAAGUCCAAGAAGAGCGGGAAGAAGUCAAAGAAACGCCAUCGUUCGCGCGAUGAGAUGCAGGAGGAUAAGAAUGGCAAUGACACGAGUACCAGUCAAGCCAAUGUCUCACGGAUUGUGGAGUACUCAGAUGUUAGUUCGGAGGAUUUUUCCGCUCCAGAAGCUGGUGAAAUCCAGACGGAUGAAUCCGAUGGGGCAUUCAGCUUUGCCCAGAGCACAAAUUCCAGCAGCAAGAGGCUGGAACCUAGCGAACUGAGGGGUUCCUUCAUGUCCACAUCCACGUACAAGCGUGAGGUGGUGAUUAAGCCAGCCAUCAGUCAUCUGCCCGAGACCACGACUAGAAGAGUGAUUAUCGGUUCACCUAUUGGUUCAUCUUCCACAUCAUCCCUCUCCAGGCGCUCCAAGCGUUCACCGGAGUAUGUCCAUGGGAAGAUUCAGCAUGUGGUGUCAUCGCCAACACUGGCGGAAGAAUUUGAUGAUGAUGAUCGUCCAAGGAAGCGCUCCAAAAAAGAGAAAAAGCACAAGAAGACCAAGAAGACGAAAAAGAGGAAAAAACGAGCACGCCACAAAUCCGUGAGCAGUGUAGAGAGUAUCUCGGAGAAUGAUUCGGUGCUGGAUGUGGACAGUCUCACGCCGCCCCUCAAAGCCAACGAGGAGGAGGAUGAGGAGGAAGCUGUGGAGAUGGUGAGGCAGCCUCACACACCUCCAGUUGUCCGGGAAGCAAGUCCUAUUUCCCCAUCGACGCCCCCACUGAGAUCCGACAGCCGGCAGAGUGGAUAUUCGGACAGGCACUGCCCUGAGAGUGUGAAGAAGCGUCCGGAUACCUUAAUAGCCUCGCCACAUACUCCACCACUUCACACCCGGAAGUACCACAGCCCAGAGGAUGAAAUGCCACCAUCGGUCAAUCACCUUCAUCACCACGGCAGCCACAGGAAAUCCGGCAGCAAUGAGAGUAUUAAGUCUCCAAACCAUCAUCACAGUAGUCAUUCAAUGUAUUCGUCACCGGUGUCAAAGCGUUCUCGGCUUUCCAAUGUGCACCGUGAAAGAUCAAAUGAUCGCAAUGAUUACAAGAAUCGGACCACAUCCACCUCAUCAUCAUCGAUGAGGAAAGACAGAGACUGGGAUCGAAGACGGGACUCACGGAGACGAACCCCAAGAUCUCCCAGAAGAUCCCCUCCGCGUCGUUCACCCCGUCGAUCACCGAUCAGGAGAUCUCCUCAUCCGAGUAGUAUGUCUCCUUCGCAUCGUCGAAGAUCGUCGUCACGCGUGAGGAAGCGCCCCUACAGCCCACCUGGAUCACCACCAGCAAAAGCAACCCGUCUGCACUCGAGGAGUCGAAGUCCAAGGGUUUUCCGUGGAGGCUCACCGACGGUGAGAAAGUCCAAGGCAGUCACGCCGACACGGGAGAGUCGUUCGAAAACCCCGCCAAUCUCCAUCAGGAAGAUCGAUAUCAAGGAAAAGAUCAGCGAUACGAGUCUUUUUGCAGAGUUGGUCAAGGACAAGCACAAGCGCGAGAAAGCUCUGCAGGAGAUUCUGGAGAAAAAGGACGAUGAUACAGCAGGAGGGGCAACAGCUGACAAUUCUGCGGGGGCAGAUGGUUCCGCAGAGUCAGUCACUUCCAAUGGUAUCAAUGAGAGUGGCAACAAUAAUCAACAUGUGAAUAUGGACAUUGUGGACAUUCCAAUUCCAAAUUUGUCAUCAUCAACAGUAACAACAAAGAAUGAAACACUUGAUCCAACAGUCAAAGUACCUUCAAAUUCGGCCAGUAUGUCAUCAAAUGAUGGUAAAGUGCCAUCAUCGUCGGAUUCAUUGACCGAGGGAGGUCGCAAUGCCGUGGCAGUGAAUAAUGUUUCACUGUCAAUGGUAAAGAAUAGUGAUGCAAUGACUAAAGUGACGUAUACGCCAAAUUUCGCCAAAUCAAAGAGUCUCACGAAAUUGCCAAUGCCUCCGGGUGUAAAUGUGUCUGAAUUGGCUGAUGCUAAGACACCGAGUCCACCGAGAAAUGUUACGCCACCACCAUUGCCGCCGAUGCCACCAAAAACAUCGUCGUCGGCCAAGGUGAAAGUGGCUCCGAAUUCGGGAAAGAAGGGAGUCCUGACACUGCCAAUGCCACCAAUUGUUGGUGGUGUGGAUGAUCUCAGUGGGGACGAUGAGCAAACACCACCGAGAAAUCGUCAGGGAAGAGGAUCGUCAAAGGGAGGAGGAGCCUCCACAGUUAGACGGAAGCGUCCAAAAAUACUCAAUAGACGAUCAUCACGCACCAAUCUUAUCAAUCGCGAUUGGGGCGAACGCAGUGUUGAUGUUUUUGAAGUUAUUGCACAAAUUGGCGAAGGGACUUAUGGGCAGGUAUACAAGGCACGUGAUAAUCAUACAAAUGAAUUAGUUGCCUUGAAGAAAGUGCGCUUGGAGAAUGAAAAGGAGGGUUUUCCCAUAACGGCGGUGCGUGAAAUAAAAAUCCUUCGGCAGCUCAAUCACAAGAAUAUUGUGAAUUUGAGGGAAGUUGUGACAGAUAAGCAGGAUGCCUUAGAAUUUAGGAAAGACAAGGGAUCAUUCUAUUUAGUAUUUGAAUAUAUGGAUCAUGAUUUGAUGGGACUCCUUGAGUCGGGAAUGGUGGAGUUUACGGAGGAGAAUAAUGCAAGUAUUAUGCGACAACUGCUGGAUGGAUUGAACUAUUGCCACAAGAAAAACUUUCUUCAUAGAGAUAUAAAGUGUUCAAAUAUUCUCAUGAAUAACAAGGGUGAAGUGAAAUUGGCAGAUUUUGGACUUGCACGGCUCUACAAUGCUGAAGAUAGGGAACGUCCGUACACGAAUAAAGUGAUAACAUUGUGGUAUAGGCCACCUGAAUUGCUGCUGGGCGAAGAGAGAUAUGGGCCGUCAAUUGAUGUUUGGAGCUGUGGAUGUAUCUUGGGUGAGUUGUUCCUGAAGAAGCCACUGUUUCAGGCAAAUGUCGAGGCACUGCAAUUGGACCUGAUAUCACGAUUAUGUGGUACACCAACUCCGGCCGUCUGGCCGACAAUCAUCAAUUUACCAGGGUUUCAUACACUUAAACCAAAGAAGCAACACCGAAGACGUCUCCGUGAGGAGUUCAUCUUCAUGCCAGGCACUGCACUCGAUCUACUCGAUAGGAUGCUCGAAUUGGAUCCCGACAGGAGAAUUACAGCAGAAGAUGCCCUGAAAUCCAACUGGCUCAAGAACUGCAAUCCCGAACAAAUGCCAAUACCACAAUUGCCCACCUGGCAGGACUGUCAUGAGUUGUGGAGCAAAAAGAGGAGAAAACAAUUGAGAGAACAACAAUAAUCCCAUCAACUGAUGUUCCUGGUGGAUUUUUGAUGGAACCUCUUUUGUGUGGUGAUAGUGAAAUGCAAUGAGAAAAAAAUUAGUGAAGGUGAAAAUCGCCAGAAUUAUGUGGAUUAAUUUAAACAAAGUGAAAAAAGGAGGUAGAGGACAAAGAACUUGAACAAAAAAAAUGGUGAGAUGUGUUUUUCCUUUUUUUUAAAUUAAUUUAUUCAUUUUUUUUAAAGUGAGGCAAAAGUUGAUUGGGACAAAAAGACAGUGUUUUGUGUCUCUUUGAAUCACUAUAAGUGCAUGAAUGGUUUGUGUUGAGAAGAGUGAGUGAUAUGGUAAAAUAAAGAGAGAAAAAAAUCAAGAGAAACACGGUAAAAACAUUGGUGAAAAAAGGGGUGAAAGAAAAACACUUUGGCAGAGGAGAAAGAAAGAAAGAAAGAGAGAACAGUGAAUAGGCAAAGUGGUAGUUUAAGAAGAGGGUAAAAGAGAUGUUUAAUACAUGUAAAUUCUGAGCCUUUUUGUUAUAUAUAUAUAUACACAUAUAUAUAUAUCGGAUAUAAAUAAGAGACAAUGAAGGAGAAAUUAGAGAAAUACAUAAAGAAUUACAUGAAAGGUGUACAUUAAUUGGUAAAUAAUUCAUUUUUAGGAAUACGUUUUCUGCAUUAUGUUACUUUUUUUUUUUAAAAAAAUAAUUAUUCUAUCACACGAGCAUAACUUGUAGGAUAGUUCUUUAAUUUUUGUUUGGCUCAAAAUAGAAAGACGAAAUUGCUGUAAAAUUAGUAUUUUGGAGAUUAUUGUGCUUAGAGGAUUUUUAUUUUAAAAAAUUUCUUUUCUUAAAUUAUCCAAAACUCAGUGAACAAAUUUUAAAAAUGGACCUAAGUGGUAUUUCCUUUUUUUUUUUAAAUAAUCGCAACCUAAAUGAACCAAACACUGUAUUGGAAUUGUUGAGUAAAUUGAAGAGUUUUUUUCAAAGUUUAAAAGUAAAAAAAAAGAGAGAGAGAGCAACUUUAAAAAAGAAAUUGUACAGAAGACGAAAAAUGACAUGGAGGAAUGAUUAAAUAAAAAAAAUCACUAACAGAA